AUGGAUAAGGGGAAAGGAAUGCAUGAGGAAGAAGAAAAAGUGACCACCCUGUAUAUGCAAGCCCCAAGUGGUUUGAACUGGAGGAAAAAACCGAGGGAAAGAAAGAGAAGAAAAGUGAUGGAGAGAGCAGGGGACGGAACUGGAAGUAAGAGGGAGCAGGGAAGAGGGAUAGGAAGAUGGAUAAAAGGAAGAGAGAGCAUCAGAAAAAAGAAAAAUAAAGGGAAGAGGGAGCAGAGAAGGGGAAUUGGACGAGCAGAAGAGAAAGGGAAAGAGAGAACGCUGGAAGAAAAAGUAGGCGACGGGGGAACAGAGAAGAGGGAAAGAGACGUGAAGGGGAAAGAGAAGGAAGUGGAAGAAGCGGAGAUACAGAGGACACGUGAACAGAAACAUAGUAGCAAGGGAAUGAAAUGCGAGAAGAAUGUGAAAAAUGAGGAAAAACGAAUAGAAGGAAGGAGGAAGAAAGAGACAGGAGAAAAUAAAAUUGGAAAGAAAAGAAGAUCAAGAAAGAAGGAAGAUGGAGAGAGAAGGGCGAAGAAAGAGGAGAGAGGGGGAGAAAGGAGGAAGAAGGAGAAAAACAGAGAACUAAAGGAAGAAAACCACAAGAAAAGAAAUAAAGAAGAAGUGGAUUCAGUAAGGAAAAUACAGGAGACAUAUGGAGAGAGAAAGGGGAGUACGGGAGUGAAAGAACGAGGAAAAGGGAAGGCGAUAAGAGUAAUAAAGGGGAUGAGGAGAAACGCAAAACGAAGAUAG